CUUUGUCUUUUUCGUUGUAGCCACCGGAGGUCCUGGUGUCGCCAUGGGCCGCCGCCCCGCUCGCUGUUACCGGUAUUGUAAGAACAAGCCAUACCCAAAGUCUCGCUUCUGCCGAGGUGUCCCUGAUGCCAAGAUCCGCAUCUUUGAUCUCGGGCGGAAGAAAGCAAAAGUGGAUGAGUUCCCGCUGUGUGGCCACAUGGUGUCAGAUGAGUAUGAGCAGCUGUCCUCUGAAGCCCUGGAGGCUGCCCGUAUUUGUGCGAACAAGUACAUGGUAAAAAGUUGUGGCAAAGAUGGCUUUCAUAUUCGAGUGCGGCUCCAUCCCUUCCACGUCAUCCGCAUCAACAAGAUGUUGUCCUGUGCUGGGGCUGACAGGCUGCAGACUGGUAUGCGAGGUGCUUUUGGAAAGCCUCAGGGCACAGUGGCCAGGGUUCACAUUGGCCAAGUCAUCAUGUCCAUCCGCACCAAGCUGCAGAACAAGGAGCAUGUGAUUGAGGCCCUACGCAGAGCUAAGUUCAAGUUCCCUGGCCGCCAGAAGAUCCACAUCUCAAAGAAGUGGGGCUUUACCAAGUUUAAUGCAGAUGAAUUUGAAGACAUGGUGGCUGAGAAGCGGCUCAUCCCGGAUGGUUGUGGGGUUAAGUACAUCCCCAACCGUGGCCCCCUGGACAAGUGGCGGGCCUUACACUCAUAAGGGCUUUCACUGUGCUGCCGCCUCCUUACUUGCACCUGCUAAUAAAUCCCUACUUCUGGUCCACCUA